AUGGAUCUUGUUAAAGUGUCUAAGCAACGGUUGCAAGUGAUGAGAGAUGAUGGAUGGGCAUCUUUAUUGGCUGAAGUAUCUUUAUUUUGUACCUCACAUGAUAUUUCUAUCUUGGACAUGGAAGCGAUAUUUGUAGUUAGUGGGAGGCCGCGACGCAACACCCAACAAAAUACAAAUUUACAACAUUAUCGUAUUGAGUUAUUCUACACAGUUAUAGAUAUGCAACUUCAAGAGCUUAACAACCGCUUUUCUGAGGCGAAUACCGAUUUGCUACUUUGUAUGGCUUGCUUGAAUCCAAGUAAUUCAUUUGUGGCUUUCGAUAAGGAAAAGUUGAUACGUCUAGCUGAGUUCUAUCCCUCUGAUUUUCUUGAGACAGAUAUUUUGGCACUUGACUCUCAACUGCAGAAUUAUAUUUUUGAUAUGCGCAGCAAUGACUUCUUUUUAGAGCUUCAAGGAGUUAGUGAACUUGUUAAAAAGUUAGUGAGCACAAGAAAACACGAGACUUAUCCAUUAGUUUAUUUGCUAGUGAAGCUAGCUUUGACCCUUCCAGUUGCUACUGUAACAGUAGAAAGAAGUUUUUCAGCAAUGAAAUAUGUAAAGAAUGAACUACGCAAUCGAAUGGGAGAUCAAUGGAUGAAUGAUUGCUUGGUUAUAGUCGCCACUGUAUGUUAUGUUGUGAAUGCUUGGAAGAUGUAUAAUGAAGUAUGGUUGAUGAAGGAAUAUGGAGAAGAGCGUUCGCGGAUACAAGUUUAUAAAAUUGAUCUACGUGCAAAUACAAUUGCUUCGAAUUUGAAUUCGGAUUUUGAGUAUUUGAAUGUGUAUUUGAAGCCUCUAAAGUUUUCCAGGGACAGCAAGAAAGUUCUGUUGGUUGAUUGUAAGAAUCUUUUUUGGUAUGACAUAGAAAAGAAAAGAAGCAAGAGGCUUGAGAGUCAGAAUUUGCCUGUUGUGUUUACGCCUCUAACUUCUAUUGGGAGCCUUCUUCUGCUAGAUGGUGAUAGUGUGAUUGAUCCGAAGGAAAAGAAGCAGAAGAAGUAG